CUAGGUUACACCACAAGAAAUAAAAAUAAAUACCACUACUCCUCUGAUUAUAAAAAACAUCCAGCAAAAAGUCUCGGGCUUUUUCUUGCUCCUCUACACACAGCAGAGACAAAAGUGCUUCUUCACUUGGGUUCUUUGUUUGUUUUGCUGGCUUUGCCUUUCUCCUGCAAAACCAGACAAGGCAUGCUCACAUUCUCCUUUUAAACUCCAUAACCUUUAUAAUUCUCAGAUACCUUUUGUUAUCUCUGUAGUAGCUUUACACUGUUUUGGUCUUUCUGAGUCCUUUUUUUGGCCCUUUCUGUGCGCUAUUACACAAUCACCACAAGCUUUUAGUUCUGUGGUUUUGGAGAGUUUUUAGCCCAGGUUUUUAUCUUAGAACGCCCCAUAACACUCUGUUUAGUGGUGUUUAAUGGAGUUGAAUGAGCCUGAUAGGAUGAAUUAAGAUGGAGUCAGAAGCAUGAAUGUUAUUGUGGUGGUUUUGUUUUGAAGCACCAGAGAGGCCGAGUUGUUUUCGGGGUUUUGGUUCAAGUUUGGAAGUUUUAGCCUUUGAUUCCAAAUGGGAUUUAGUUUCCUUCGCUCUAUAUUGAUUCUCUCACUGUUCUUCAAGCCUUUGGCUUGUCAACAACCCAAUACUGAUGGGUUCUUUAUCUCUGAGUUUUUGAAGAACACGGGCCUAACUUCUUCUCCACUAUACAACUCUUCUGCCUCCGUUUGUUCAUGGCAAGGUGUGUUCUGUGAUGCCAAAAAAGAAAACGUUGUUGAGUUUCUGGCUUCUGGUUUAGGCCUUUCUGGCUCUAUUCCUGAUACCACCAUUGGUAAACUAAGCAAGCUUCAGACUUUGGAUCUUAGCAACAACAAAAUCACAUCUUUGCCUUCGGACUUGUGGAGUUUAGGCACUCUCAAGGUCCUCAAUCUAUCUUCAAAUCAGAUUUCUGGGCCCCUGCCCAACAACAUUGGCAAUUUUGGUGCGCUUGAAAUAAUUGAUCUAUCAAGCAACAAUUUUUCUGGUGAAAUCCCUGCAGCAAUAAGCUCCCUUGGUGGUUUGAGGGUUCUUAAACUUGACAGAAAUGGGUUUGAAGGAAGCAUUCCAUCGGGAAUUCUGAGUUGCCAGUCACUGUACUUUAUUGAUCUUUCAAUGAAUAAGCUGGAUGGGUCCUUACCAGAUGGUUUUGGUACCGCUUUCCCGAAGCUCAAAACCUUAAACCUUGCAGGAAAUGGGAUUCAAGGCCGGGACUCGGAUAUCUCAUCAAUGAAAUCCAUCACUAGUCUUAACAUUUCGGGGAAUUCGUUUCAGGGUUCAGUUAUGGGUGUGUUUCAGGAGCUGGUGGAGGUGAUGGACCUGAGCAAAAACCAGUUUCAAGGUCACAUUUCUCAGGUACAUUUCAAUUCUACCUACAAUUGGUCUCGUCUGGUUUAUUUGGACUUGUCAGAGAAUCAGCUUAGUGGAGAGAUUUUUCAAGAUUUCAGUCAGGCCCCGAAUCUCAAAUACCUUAAUCUUGCAUUCAAUAGAUUUACUAAAGAGGAUUUCCCGCGAAUUGAUAUGCUUUCGGAAUUAGAAUAUCUCAAUUUGUCUAAAACUAGUGUCACAGGUCACAUUCCAAGUGAAAUCGCACAAUUGAGUAGUCUGCACACACUUGAUCUUUCUCAAAAUCAUCUCAGUGGCCAAAUUCCUCGGUUAACCAUCAAAAACCUUCAAGUUCUUGAUGUGUCACAUAACAAUUUGAGUGGAGAGAUCCCAGUGUCCCUCUUGCAAAAACUCCCACGGAUGGAGAGCUACAAUUUCUCUUACAACAAUUUAACCCUUUGUGGCACAGAAUUUUCCCGUGAAACCUUCCAAACACACUUCCAUGGAUCAUUAGACAGCUGCCCAAUUGCUGCGAACCCAGGCCUUUUUAAAAGAAAAGUCACCAACCACAAGGGACUAAAGCUUGCUCUGGGUUUAGCCCUUUCCUUGGUCUUCUUGCUUGCAGGACUGCUUUUUCUCGCCUUUGGUUGUAGAAGGAAACCCAAAACGUGGGAAGUGAAGCAAACCUCGUACAAGGAAGAACAAAAUAUUUCAGGCCCCUUUUCCUUCCAGACUGAUUCCACAACAUGGGUUGCUGAUGUUAAGCAGGCAAAUUCAGUCCCAGUGGUGAUUUUUGAGAAGCCAUUGUUGAAUAUCACAUUUGCAGACCUCUUGUCUGCUACUUCAAAUUUUGAUAGAGGAACCCUUUUGGCUGAAGGGAAAUUUGGGCCUGUUUAUAGGGGAUUUCUACCUGGAGGAAUUCAUGUAGCCGUGAAAGUGUUGGUCCAUGGAUCCACAUUGACAGACCAAGAAGCUGCCAGAGAACUUGAGUACCUUGGUGGAAUUAAGCACCCCAAUCUUGUUCCAUUGACUGGCUACUGCUUAGCUGGGGAUCAAAGAAUUGCUAUUUAUGAUUACAUGGAGAAUGGGAACUUGCAAAAUUUGCUCCAUGAUUUGCCACUUGGGAUUCAGAUAACCGAAGAUUGGAGCAGAGAGACAUGGGAAGAAGAUGACAAUAAUGGAAUUCAAAAUGUUGGUUCUGAAGGGUUAUUAACAACCUGGAGAUUCCGACACAAAAUUGCACUUGGCACUGCUCGUGCAUUGUCAUUUCUUCAUCAUGGUUGCUCACCUCCAAUUAUUCAUAGAGAUGUCAAAGCUAGUAGUGUUUAUCUAGAUUAUAACUUGGAACCAAGAUUAUCUGAUUUUGGCCUGGCCAGGGUCUUGGGCAACGGUUUAGAUGAGGAGAUUGCUCGUGGCUCACCUGGUUAUGUUCCCCCAGAGUUUACUGAUCCAGACAACGACAGCUCAACUCCAAAAUCUGAUGUAUAUUGCUUCGGGGUUGUUUUAUUUGAGCUAAUUACUAGAAAAAAGCCAAUUGGAGAUGAUUAUCCUGGAGAGAAAAAUUCAACUUUAGUUAGUUGGGUUAGAGGAUUGGUAAGGAAGAGCCAAGGGUCCAGAGCAAUUGAUCCGAAAAUUCGCAAUACUGGACCAGAACGCGAAAUGGAGGAGGCCCUCAAGAUUGGAUAUCUGUGCACAGCUGACCUCCCCUCAAAGCGACCAAGCAUGCAACAGAUAGUUGGACUUCUCAAAGACAUUGAACCAACAACUCAUCAAUGAAGAAGUGGAAGUUGGUUCCUUGUGUUUUUUUAACUUGUCUACUACUUUUAUUUGUAUUGAGUUUUUUUUUUUUUUUUUUUUAGCAGCCAUACGGAAAUCGGAAGGAUUGUAUAGUAGUCCUCAAAAAUCUGUUCUGAGCUUUUGAUGUUUUCUCUUUGCCUUUCCCUUUGUUGAUGGCAUAAAAUUUAAUUUAUACAAGAGAGCUUGUUCCCAGAAA